UGGCAGUGUUGACUUGUGAAUGGUGAUGAAGUCAUGGCGUUGAGGUAUAUAUCGCACCUAUCUAAAUUUCGACCAGGAAAAUGGAGCAUACGAACAAACGUGACCAAAACCGGGGUGGACUUUAAACCAGCAGCAUCAACCGAAAUUUUAGAAAAAUGGCAGUGGAGGAAAGCCGGCUAAUUUAUAUAACGAUGGUCACCCUAUCGUAGAUUUGACUUUCGAAAAUGCAAGAGAAGCCUACAGAAGCAAAACGACAUCUGAACUCGCACGGGCCUUACUUGUGUUCAAACUCUGCUCCAUCAAUUAUCUCGUGGAUAAUCAAAUAGUUCUGCUGAAAUGGUCGCGGAAGCUCCUGGGUGGCACAUUGUUCAGGAAGAUGAUGAAGUCGACGUUCUACGGUCACUUCGUGGCUGGGGAGGACCAUGACGACAUCAAACCACUCAUCAGCUGCAACCGUGAAUUCGGGGUGAAGUCCAUCCUGGAUUACAGUGUGGAGAAGGAUCUGAGCAGUGAUGAAGCCAAGGAAGCGGAGAUGCUGAGCUGUGUUUCAGAGACUGAGACUGAAGCUGCAGCAGGAGAUGCUGAGCGGGAUGUCCGGUACCGAGCACACAAAGAGUUUGGUGACCGCCGUGAGAAGGUGAUCAGCGCCAGAACGUACUUCUAUGAGGAUGAGGCUCACUGUGAUGGCAACCUGGAGACCUUUAUGAACUGUAUAGAUGCUGUGUCAGAUGCAACAGAAAAGUCUGGUCUGGCUGCAGUGAAACUGACCGCCUUAGGUCGACCACAGCUUCUGCUGCAGAUGACGGAAGUGUUGGUGUCAAUCCGUAACGUAUUCGACAGCAUCUGUGGAGUGGAGGGGGACAUAAGCAGCAAGAGUGUGAAGGAGGAACACUUCCUGGAAGCGUUGCAGAGGAUGAACAUCCGUAUCACUCAAGACGAGUCCAAGAAGUGGUUUUCAGUGCUUGACGUCACCAAGGAUGGUGAAGUGGAUCUGCUGGACUGGGAGAACCUUCUGGAGCUGAACAUGGGUCUGUCCAAACUCCUCAUGGUGUCAAACAUCAAAACAGGAGAGUCCAAGUCCCUGGUGAUGACACUGAGUGCAGAGGAAGAGAACCAGAUGAAGAACAUGCUGCGCAGAAUCAACACCCUUGUGCAGUAUGCCUCAGAGAAGGAGGUUCGAGUGAUGAUUGAUGCGGAGCAGACCUACUUCCAGCCAGCCAUCAGUCGUCUGACGAUGGAAAUGAUGAGAAAAUUUAACAGAGAGAGGGCUGUCAUCUUCAACACUUACCAGUGCUAUCUGAAGUCGUCGUUCAGCAAUAUUUUCAUUGACCUUGACCUUUCACGAAGAGAAAACUUUUACUUUGGUGCAAAGCUGGUCCGAGGUGCUUACAUGGAGCAGGAACGAGAGAGAGCUGCCUCCCUGAACUACGAGGACCCCAUCAACGACGACUACGAUGCAACAACGGCGAUGUACCACUGCGUCUUGGAUGAGGUGCUCCGUCAGAUCCAGUCCCGAGAUCGCGGCAAGAUAGCUGUGAUGGUAGCAAGUCACAACGAAGCGACGGUCAGGUUUGCUGUUGAGAAGAUGAAGGAGUACGAUGUGAGGCCGGAGGAUCGUCUCAUCUGUUUCGGACAACUUCUGGGGAUGUGUGAUCAGAUCAGCUUCCCUCUAGGUCAGGCUGGUUACUCUGUGUACAAGUAUGUUCCCUUCGGCCCGGUGGAGGAAGUGCUUCCCUAUCUGUCCCGCCGUGGGAUGGAGAAUAGAGGCGUCCUCAAGAAGGUCAAGAAGGAGAAGCGCCUCCUGGCAGCUGAACUAUCUCGGAGAAUCAGGAGCGGACAACUCUUCUAUAACCCAAAGACCAACAUACCUGAGACUGCAGGUGUGCGGUCGUCAUGAGAUAGCCAUGGAUGUGAGAGUUGUCGACUUGAGGGCGUCAGAUCGCCAUCACAUGUAGACCUGUGAUAACAUUGUGGUAUAGACUGUCUUAUCAUCACUCACAAGAGCAUUUUAUAAUGUUUGGUUAUAAGUUUUUGUUAUUAGACAACAAACUGAGCAUGUGACCAAUAUUUGAGCCAACUGUUGAGCAUGUCAACGUGCCUCUUAACAAGGGAGAUAAUCACUUUUCAGUGUAGCAACAUCGUUUUAUUGGAAUAUUAGCAGCACUACAAUCUAUUUUUGCUGGGAACCCCAGAUAAAGGAUGUCGAAUUAUAAAUAUAUUUUGGAAAUAUUAGGGAAAACGAAAGUCAACAUAUCACAAACAUAUUUCACACUACUUUCCCAUUGGAAUGGAUUGUUUCGAUUUUUAUGGUACUAGAUUUUUCUCUAUUCAUAAAUAUAUUCUUUAAGUAAUGGAAUAAUUGCUAAAUGUAUUAAUAGUGUUAUAACAUUAUUUAUUUUAUUAACAGAGUAUCAAGCUGAUCUGAACAUAUUGUACCAUAGCAUAUUUAUAAUAAUUAUGUUUAUACUUGAAAGUUUGCAGGUGUACUUUCUCAGAACAAAUCAUCGAAUUUGAUGGUGCAGUGUUAAAAUGUUUUAAUGUGUAUACUACUCAAAUUUGAAUAGGGAUAACCAGUUUCUUAGGAUGUGUCCAAAUGUAUGGAAAAUAUACUGUACAUAUUUGUCCUCUUGGUGCAGGUGUGUAUCCCUAUCAAUCGUUGAGUAAUUGUUUGUACAUAGACCAAGUUGAACAUUGUGAAUGAUCUCAUUUCUUUGGUUGUCUGUU